AUGGUGUUUGAAGGCAGCCCGGAAAGCUCGGUUAAGAAGAAGCUGUCUUACAGCCUCCCGAGUCCUGGUCCUUUUGACCUGGAGCGAGGGCCAGACCCCGGAACCCCGAGUCCUUCUCGAACCUACACUCGUGAGUCGGAUGAUGUGCCCGGUUCAGGAGCAUCUCAAAAGCCACUUCACGCUGCUCCCGGGUCUCCUGGACACCAUGGAUUCGGGCGACAUCUUCCCAAGAUGGGUUCCACACUGAACCGCACCUUCACCCAGCAGUUCAGAGCUGCUGAUAGCGGCGAAAAACAACCAUCCUUUAGGAAUCUCUUUCGAGGCGGGAAACAGGCGGGUAAACAUUGGAAAGGCCACAUUGUUGCCGCACUGGGAGAGUUCGUUGGCACCACCAUGUUCCUCUUCUUCGCAUUCACCGGCACGGCAGUUGCUAAAAUCCCUGCCGGGGAUGCUUCCUCUGGUCUCAACAUCCCAGCCCAGACGUACAUAGCUCUUUGCUUUGGGUUCUCCCUUAUGGUUAACGUCUGGGUCUUCUACCGUGUUUCUGGCGGCUUGUUCAACCCUGCUGUUACACUUGCACUCGUACUCAUCCGCGCCAUCUCACCCGUGCGAAGUGCGUUUGUGCUUGUUGCUCAGUUGCUAGGUGGUAUUGCCGCAGCAGGCUUGAGCACGGUUUUAUUUCCCACGCCAAUUGACGUCAGUACCUCUCUUGCAGAUGGGGUUUCUCUCGCACAGGGCUUGUUCAUUGAGGCCUUGUUGACGUUUGAGCUGGUUUUCACUGUCUUUAUGCUGGCAGCUGAGAAGCACCGUGCUACAUUCGUGGCGCCAGUAGGUAUCGGACUGGCUCUUUUCAUUGCUGAGUUGAGCGGCGCCUACUAUACUGGUGGGAGCUUAAACCCCGCGCGAAGUCUGGGCCCAUGCGUGAUUUCAGCUGAAUUCCCCAGUGAGCACUGGAUUUACUGGGUUGGCCCUGGCAUCGGAUCAAUUGCAGCAUUCGCGCUGUACAAGGCCAUCAAGUUGUUGCAUUAUGAGACAGCCAACCCGGGUCAGGACGCUCCUCACGAGUGA